AUGAGAUAUCCUUCCAGCCAUGCCAAUCGUCUACCAGUGCUUGAGCUCUUUCCUUGCAUACCAUCAGAUCGGAGCUUUUUAGACGAAAGGCUGGCGAUGUUUGGAAGGACCGAUUUGUCCACUUUAUCUCCCACACGCCAUGGACCUACCCCGAGUUCUGCGCUUGUUGGGUGCCCUAUAGGAAUCGUCAUUCACCACCCUGGCUGCAUUCGCACCGGAAGAGGACUACCUCUACCAAUCGUAGAAAGUCCGAGCAUCGAGGCCUUUGCUUCAUUACCAUGGAGAAGGCUAGCAUUGACAGCCCAGGGAACGAUCUCUGUCUGGUUGAUGUUUCUAGUGGUUGUAUCAAUUACUAGCUCGGAUGCUAUCGCACAUCUCGAGGAGUUGAAGCACAGCUUUCAAACAUCGCAAAGUUCAGCCGGUGAGCGCAGUGUUUGUCUCUAG